UACGAGUUGCAGGACAAACAAGUGAGGCAGGAUGCUUGUUGGGCUGUAUCUUACCUGACAGACGGACCGGAUGAGCAAAUCACUCUUGCGCAGACUAGCGGGGUGCUACCGUAUGUGCUUGAAUUCCUGAGAGAUACGGAUGCAAUGGUUGCUCCAGCUUUGCGUGUGCUUGGAAACAUGAGUACCGGUAAUGAUGAACUAACACAGUGUGUUGUGGAUCUCAAUACAUUGGACGAAAUCAUCCCACUCUCCGAGCGUUCGAAAUCUACCACCGUUGUCAAGGAAUGCUGCUGGCUAAUUUCUAAUAUCAUUGCUGGAACCAAUAGCCAAAUCCAAGCAGUCAUCGACGCAGGAAUCAUGCCAUUCAUUAUUGAAGUUUUGAAAUCUGUGAGUUCCACAGCAUCCACAUAUGUCGGAAGUGAAAAACAUUGCCAAAUCUCUUUUUAG